ACUUAAACCCUAACUAUAAAUUCUGUCGUUAAACCUGAAAGCACUUGGAGCAGCUGCUUCGAGAUCAAAAUCAAGCAAAUCUCUCAUAAGCCCUAACUUGAAUUAUCUCACUCUCUGUUUCAAUCUUAGCCAUGUCAAAGAAAAAGGCCAGAGAGCCUAAGGAGGAAAAUAUAACACUUGGACCUGCUGUACGAGAUGGAGAACAUGUGUUUGGUGUCGCCCAUAUUUUUGCCUCAUUUAAUGAUACAUUCAUUCAUGUCACCGACUUGUCUGGAAGAGAAACUCUUGUUCGCAUUACUGGGGGUAUGAAGGUGAAAGCUGACAGGGAUGAAUCCUCUCCUUAUGCAGCCAUGCUUGCAGCACAAGAUGUUUCUCAACGAUGCAAGGAACUUGGCAUAACUGCACUUCAUAUCAAGCUCCGGGCUACUGGAGGGAACAAAACUAAAACACCUGGUCCAGGUGCUCAGUCAGCACUUAGAGCGCUUGCCCGUUCCGGCAUGAAAAUUGGUCGCAUAGAGGAUGUGACACCAAUUCCCACCGACAGUACCCGCAGAAAAGGUGGCAGAAGGGGAAGAAGGUUGUGAUUCUUUGCUCUAUCAUUUAAGCUGCUGCUGUUGCUACAGGGAUUUUCCCUUCGCAUUGAUUAGAUGCCAUUGAUUUUUCUCCUUUUCUGUUUGAGACAUCUGUAGUUUUGGCUUUGGUUAUGUUUAACAAUUUUGGUUAACUGGAUCUAUACAACGUUCAAGUUUACUUA